AUUCAGAUCAACAAAGACAUAUUAUUAUAAAAUAUAAUAUAGUUCAGUACAAAGUUUUUGUUUUAGUUGAACGAUGUCAUAUUAUGGCGAAGUUGUAUCAUCAUGUGCAUGAUGCCCAAGAACAGGAACAAGCUCAUGCUGUCAUAUUAAAUAUACGGCAAGAACGCCCGCCAACGCCAUCCCCAUCGCAGUUGCGAUCAUGGCGCUUCCGACCACAACCAAGGAUCUGGAGGAAUUCUUCGCACAUCUGACUGACAGGAGAUUCGGAACUCGAAAAUGCCAAGAUCACGACCUUUUUCUGGUCGAAAGUGGGCUUUGGCCACUCUUGCUCGAAGGCUUGGAACAGUUGGCUCGCCAAAUUCAUAAAGAGCAUGCAGCUGCUUUGUUCGAGGAAGGGAUAGUUAGGGGUUUCCGAAUUACGUCCCGCACUACCAUGCUUGGCUCUUUUGCGAAUAGAAAAACAGCCAGGGAUGUGGUGAGGACCGUAAUUCCGUAACCUCUAAAGUCGGUGGAUGCGAAGCUGCAGAUCUCGCGACGCUGUCGUCCUCAGGCAACUUCGACGAUGGGAAAAGUCAACAAGAAGAACAUGUGGCUCGUGCUAGAUCGGCAAGUAAUUUCAACGCCCUGAAAUGGCUCGGACAGUACUUGCUUCGGAAUGCUCCACCAUCUUCAAGUCGUAACCCUGCUAAGGGACCGACGACUCCACGGUUGCAGAGUUUUGAUACUCUUCGAAACCUCGCUGUUCUGGAGCGCGAGCGCAGAGCAUUGUAUCGUUUUUUGGUUUGCGAAAUCAACUACUCCAAUCUUCGAUGACUACUCCAGUUUUCGAUGACUACUCCAGUCUUUGAUGACUACUUCAAUCUUCGAGUCAUGACAAAUGCACAGGACCAUGACCAUGUCGCAGAAAAGGCGGAAAAAUAUUCGUCUAGUUCAGGUUCAUAGUCAUGUGCAUGUUCUGUAUGAUGAAAUAAACCAAAAUAUUCAAAACCAGCCUGCGGCGACGGUUUCCGUUGGAACGAUUAUUCCACGAUUUUUCUGAGGGGAGAGGCAUGAUUUCAGAUUCGCAGUUCGUAGAUUUUUUGGCUUAUGUGGACACCCAGUGGUAUCUUGAAGGAGCCUUCCGACGACAUUUUUCUGACCCGGUUCCUUCGACCAGAGCUGUAUGUGUAAAGGCGGAAAGAGAAACUGAAAGAACUAGAGGACUCAACAAAAUUGACAGCCAAGAGGAACAGAUACAGGAGCAGAAUAGCGGUUUAUUGGCUGCCGGUAGCCCAGGAGAGGACAGCAGCGAAGAACCACAGGGAACACACCAAGUACCAAGUGUCGGUCAACAAACAGGCAAUGCACUGGACGUAGAAGGUAGACAUGAUCAGGCUAAUCGGAGUAACCACGAAAAUCCUGCUGAGUCUGCGCAAGGGGACCGAACUCAGCCUGGCACUCUAAAUCCAGCUCUGUUGCGUUUUGCUGACGUGUGGCAAAGGUUGCGAGCGGUGAUUGAAGGACCUAGAGGAGCUCUCCGCAGUGGGGAGUUCGACCAAGGUGAAGCGAGGAAACAAGCACAUCGUCGAGCGUUAGAGGAAGAAGAUCGACGACUCGACCGGCAACGGCGCGUAGACGCAGUACUAGCCUCUGUGGCAGAGAGGAAGCAAAGGUGACACUGAGUCUGAAUCAAUCAAGAAAUGCCGUAAGAUUAUUCUUCCCCAACAUUUGUUGUUCAUGUUCUAUGCGUAGUUUAACCUUAAUUGAGUACGUUGAUAUCUACUUUUCACCUUCCAUAUCCAUAAGUUUGAAAGCGAUAUUGAAAAUACUUCGAACAAUACCUCGCAACAACGAUGUUGAUGCCCAACUAAAUCCACAGAUUCACAGAUCUUGUUGCUGUGCUUCGACAGAAUCUGAGUGAGGAGAUGGACUUUAAUUUUCCUCGCUCUGCGGGUGAGUCGUCGCUCUACCGUAGCCUCAGGCUCUUACUCGAGUGGUGGGCGGAUGCCCUCAGGAGCGAGAACGUGACACCUGGCUGCUCGUGGACGAAUCUCGUGAAGUUUUUUCGAUCCCUGAAGCGCAAUGCGACUGAAACAGAUGCAGACUCGAUUUACAGGUGCUACGUCGCGUGGUCCGAUAAAUAGUAUCAGUUGUAGUACUAUCUAUAUAACGGGUUUCGAGUUGCUCGAGUUGCCACGAGUUGCUCGAGUUGCCGAAGCGAAGAGCUUCACUGCUGGAACGAGUUGCCACGAGUUGCCGGGAGGUGUCCGCUCCAUCGAAAUGGAGCGAAGCAGGGCGGUGCGAGCACAAACCCAGCCGGUCGAAGGGGCGAAGCGUAAGGGCGUGCUGCGUUUGUUGUUGCUCAUGAAAGGGGCAAUCGGGUGCGAGUGCCUCCUGGGCCCUUAUGACUUUUUUUUUGUAGCUUGCCAGCGGGCGUUUAUUAAAGCGCAACCAAGGGGGCGAAAGACUCUGCCCGUUGUUGUUUUUGUUUGAUGUCAGUGUCGCUGUGGCGUGUGGUGUCGUCUGGUCGGUGGCGAUCUCUCCCAUUUUUCUUCGGAUGUAUUCCCAAUAAAUCUACUUCGGGGGUGCGAGCGAGUAGCCCCCGUCUGCUUUAUAGGGCGGCGCGUCUAGCCUUGCUUGGGGGUGAGAUGAGUAGACUAGAGAAAGCACCAGCUGGGAGUGGAAGCUGGAAGUGGAUGAUCACACUAGAUUCGCGAGUAGUUAGAUGUUCGUUGACCAAGCAAGUGGCUGAGAUGAAUCCUGAGCCCGAGACGGUUACUCGCUCCUGUCUCAAGGGUGCACUCCGAAGAAAAUCAAGGAUCAGAGACACGGCGCGCAGUGUCGUACGCUCCUGCUAAGGUUUCGCGGAGUCUCAUAAAGCUGCGCCCGAAGGGCGCCGCGCAAAAAAUUAGGGUGGGCAACUCGAGCAACUCGAGCAACCCGAGCAACUCGACCCGAUACGGGUCAAAAAGUGCCUUACUCUACUAUAAGUGUGUCAUGGUCAGCAGGCCUGAUCCGAUUUCAUAGAUUUAGAUUAUAAUAUAACUAUGUAUCAGAAUCAGUAGUCGCUGUCCCUGCAGCUGAAGAACCCAUCAUAUUUUCGUCUUGUAUACCGAGAUCAAGAUCAGUAUGGCCGCCGCGGCAUUUGCAUGAUCCUCGUGAACCUCUUUUAUUCUACGUAUUGCUGUUGAUGCGUUUGCGGGAUUGAUAGUUAGUAGAUUGAUUUAACGUCGACGUUUUCAGGUUGCAGCAGUGGCCUGAGGUAGAGCGGGCGCGUGGUGACGGUCCGCUUUUUCAGGUCAUUGAAAUCGUUGUUCAACCCGCUUCUUUGACAACACCGAGUGCGCCCAUUUCGACUACUGAUGUCAAAAAGAGAUCUGCGCCUACUUUACUCCAAGACACGGGUGAUGCGCCUCCAUUUUACAAAUGCAGAUCCGAUGCGGAACAAAAGAUCAACGAACAUAAUCAGCUGGGAGAGAAUUAUAGUGGAGCGUCCCAACCACGUGGUUACACGACGAUGGCGAUAGUAGCAAGCGUGGGCUCGAGUGGAGCUCUUUCCACUACUAAGCGGACGGUCAAUGUAGAACCAGACGAUGCGGUGAUCUUUGAGAAAAUUCGUGGUGAAAUGGAGAAAAAUGUCUACUAUGUUUCGCUCAAUGAGAAGGAGGAUACGAUAGACGGAUACGGACAGGCGCAUUUGACGCGCGGCCACGAGUAGAGAACGCGUAGUUGUGCUUGGACAUUGAGGUAGAAAUACAAAAACGCCGUCUGUUAAGGCUACCGCUGGACCAUCCUCAACAUUAUCCUUGGCCCUUUGUUUUUUCAAGGGGAAAAAGGGCCGAGGGAGGCUCUCAGGGAUGCACGUCGGUACCUCUAAGUCUGACAACGAAUACGACAACAGGAACAGCCCUGCUUUCAAUUAAAACACACAAACACAAAUAUGGAAGAUGUACUAACCCGAGAAACGGCAUCUAGGAGAAAAAGUACGAGAUUAUUACACUCAUUUUAGAUUCAAUGUGUCCCGUGUCAUGAUUGCAUCUUAAACUGAUUUUUAACCAAACAGUCACAGUCUGGUACACGUACACUUUCCUACGACGUUUUUCUCUUCUACUAACCACACCACACACACACUCGAUCCAUGACUAUACACGCGGGCAUAAUCUUCGUGACUUUAAUACAUCGUAUUCUUUUUUCUUUGGGCUGAAUGUGGUGCAUGAGCUAUUUCAUACCAAUCAAAUACAAAUUCUCUGUCUGGUGUCGUCGAGAAUAUCAUGGUUUGUGCAACAAGUAAGGCACUGCGUGGUAGUACUGCGUUGAAAUAGGAGUACGUGAACUUUUUGAUUUGAAUGGGUGAUAGUAUUUCCACAACGCUUCGCUACUUCGUCAUGAUGUCAUGAAGAAAGAUCUAGUAGCGCAAGGAAGAGAUGAAGAUAGAACACAAGGAACAAUGUAUUUUUUUACCGACUUUGACGACAACCUGUCCUGCUCUGGAUGAUCUACAAACAAGACCGUAU